AGGAAGGAAGGAAGGAAGGAAGGGCAGGUACUCCGAAGUGGAGGGAGUAGGAGCAGGGCUGGACCCGGCUGACAAGAUGGCCUGGCCAUGCAUCAGCCGGGCGUGCUGCAUCGCCCGCUUCUGGAACCAGCUGGACAAAGCCGACAUCGCCGUGCCUUUGGUCUUCACCAAAUACUCCGAAGCCACCGAGAUCCCCGGCACCCACUUGGUCCUUCAGCAGCAGCCUGUCCAGCCGUCCUUGGCCCUGCCACGCCCGUCUUCGGCCAUCGAGACCCAGCCCUCUGCUGCAUCCCAUGCGGGUGGUGACUCUGGGGCCGGGGAACAUGCGGCAACCGCGGGGUCAUCCGGGGCGCUCCACAAAACCAGCUCCAAAGAGCCCCUGGGUGCCGACUCGGUGAUGCGCCAGGACUACAAGCCUUGGAAAGUCCAGCGGCCUGAGCCUAGCUGCAAGCCCAAAAGCGAAUACCAGCCGUCGGACACGCCUUUCGAUUCAGAGAGCCAGUACCAGAAGGAUUUCAGGGCCUGGCCCAUCCCCAAAAGAGGGGACCACCCUUGGAUCCCCAAGCAGAUGCCCAUCCCUCCAGUGGACCUGGACAGGGGCUCCAAGGAAAGGUCUGGAAGCCAAGAGAGGAGGAAGAAGGCCUCAGUGGGACAGGAGCCAGAGAAACCCAGCAAAGAUGCAGAGGCCAAGCCAAGCAGGCCUGAAGAAGCCAGGGUCAAGAAGGUCAAGAAGCGAGUCCAUGUUGUGGAGGAUGGAGCUGUCCAGCAGCAGCAACAGCAGCAACCACAGCCGGGCUCCUCCGCACCACCAGAGAGCAGCAAAGGGAGAGCGGCGGUGGAUGCCCUCAACCAGCAGAUCAAGAAGGAAGUCACCGCCCGGGUGAGCACAUCCUCCUACAGAAAUGAAUUCCGACCCUGGACAGAUAGCAAGCCGGCAAAACCCAUCAAGGCGAAGCCGCAGUACAAACCUCCAGCAGAGAAGAUGCUUCACCAAACAAGCUACAGUGCCCAGUUCACUGCAGAAGGUGCCAAGCCCGGGCCAUCGGAUAACAAAUUCCUCGAACACAGGAGGAUACGCAGCCUCUACAGCGAGCCCUACAAGGAAACAACGAGGGUGGAGAAGCCGAGCCCGCAGCCUUCCAAACCAAAAAAGACGACCACAAGCCAUAAACCGCUGAAAAAGGCCAAAGAUAAGCAAGUGGCGUCCAGCCGGGCAUCGAAGAAGAAGAGCGCCGAGGGCUCAGGCGGAGCGAACGUGGCGGCCGAGGACAAGGAGAAGAGCAAAGAGAUGAACAAUAAACUGGCCGAGGCGAAAGAGAACCCCGAUAAACCCACCGGUGCUACAGCCAAGGAACCUCGUUCCUUAGGACGGGACCAACCUACAGGAAUUAAUCCCCUGCCCUCCAUUCCUGAGGAAGCGGCUGGGACAAGCAUGUCACUUGCAUGAAAGGUGUAAAGAAUACGAUAUCAAACAUACACACACAUACAUACAUACAUACAUAUCCACAUAUAAACUCUCAAACAUUCAAUAAACUGGUGCUGAAUCCUCA